AUGGAAAAAGCGACUCGAUCCAAGGGCGUGUCCAUGGACAUCUCGGUGCAGACUUUACCCGACCUCAGUACACUGGAGGUACAAAUAGGUGAGCUCCGCCUGUCGUCUGACGGCACGUGGCUUUAUCUGCUGCAAGUGACGUGCAGUCGUAGCCACUGGCAGGUAGUCAAGCGUUACAGCGAGAUUCGUGAGCUGUGGCUUGAGCUCUGUAAGACACUGGGGACGGGCGACACGCAGCGUCUAUGCGCCGAGCACAUUCACUUUCUUGCUGGCUUUGAGCAGGAGGUGUUCCCUAAGAAGCACCUGCUGCUGACGCAGCACAAGCUCGAAGCGCGUGCCAGCAAACUGAACCAGUUCUUCCUCAAGCUUGCUAUGCGAUUGAACUUGUGCAGGCCGCGGGAGCUGCAGAUGUGCCGCGUGCGCGGCUGUCCGCUUCUGGAGCUUAUUGCGGGCUUCUUUGUGGUGGACGCGGAGCAGGUGAAGAGCUGCGCCUUGACACACUCUUCACGCAGCAUCUCGUUGCAACCUGACAGGCAGCACAAUCAAUUGUUUACAGACAAGAGAAAAGUUUCAAUGAGUGUUCGGCUUGGUGUGGGCGUGAAGUUUUUGCGUCGAGUCUCGUUUGGAUUUAAGGAUCAGCGUGGCGUCGUGGCUGCUCUGGCUCAGUGA